AUGCUUCGAUUAACUCAUAGCAUGGGCGCAGUCUUCGGGACCCUUACCGUCAUGAUGGCGGCCCUCACGCCUGUGUCGGCUGACUGCACUCGCGAGGGGCUCCUGGCAGCGGCCAACAGCUACAUAGCAGCACAAACCUCCGGGAAACUCGAUGGUCUAAAUCUCGUCGCCGGUAACUUCACAUACCAAGAGAACAAUAAGGUGGCAGAUAUCAAACGUGGUGUGCUGAGCCAGGCAUUAAAAAUCGACCUCAACCGCUCCACGGCGGAUACCACAGCCUGUGCCAGUUAUACGAUGAUAAUUUCAUCUGGUGGCUCGAAGCCCUACGUACUCGCAACGCAAAUCCGGCAUAAUGGCAAUGAUACAAGCUCUAUUGCCAUGAUUGACACGAUCGCUGCAACCACCGGCUCCUUGUUUUUUAACGCGGCACAGACCCUUAAAUAUAUACAGGCGGAGGACUGGACUACGAUCGCGGCGCAGCCAGAGAGCCGGGAAGUGCUCAAGAAGGCUGGGGACGCCUAUCUCGACAUGUGGACUGAUAAGAAUGCCGCUGACUCGAUCCCAUGGGGAUCGCCGUGUGAGCGUGUUGAAGGCUCUAUGUUGACCAAACCAUGCAAUGGGGCGCUCCCGAGAGGUGGUAGUGCCAAGCCGAACUCGAUGCGGCGUUAUGUUAUUGACGAGACGAUUGGUUCGGUGGAUGUGCUCUGUGCCUUUGAUUCCUUGGGGGAUAUGCCUGACAGCCAUGAAAUCCGGAUGGUUGGGGGCAAGGUAAAAUAUGUGCAUACGAUAACGGUUUAG